GGGGCGGAGCAGAGCAGGCGGGCAGGGGCAGGCGGGCGGCUCGCUGAGGAGAGGGCAGGAGGGGGUUGUCGGCAGUUAUGGCCUCGCUCGUGAAGAAAAUAAUCAGCACUGCUAAGGCUCCCCCUGCGUUGGGUCCCUACAGCCAAGCAGUCCUAGUAGACCGAACAAUGUACAUUGCAGGACAGAUUGGUAUAGAACCUUCCACUGGGCAGCUUGUCUCUGGAGGGGCAAAGGAAGAAGCUAAGCAGGCUCUAAAAAACAUGGGAGAAAUCCUGAGAGCUGCAGGCUGUGAUUAUGGCAAUGUUGUGAAGACUACGGUUUUGAUGGCAGACAUGAAGGAUUUCAAUGAUAUUAAUGAUAUUUACAAACAAUUUUUCAAGACAAACUUCCCAGCCAGAGCAGCCUAUCAGGUUGCUGCUUUGCCGAAAGGUGCCCGAGUUGAGAUUGAAGCUAUUGCCAUUCAGGGACCCCUCCAAGAUGCUUCAGCCUGACUAUAAAUAGAGACUGACUAUCCUAUGACAGCCAUUUUAGAUGUAAUACUUCUCCCUGACAUCUGUCUGUUCCUACAAUUGACUAUCAGCAGUUAGGUACAGUUGCAAUCAGUAAACUUACUGAGGAAAGGUGCUUGCUUCUGGAUUGUGGCCUUGGAUUCUCUAAAAUAUGAGCUUACAGUGAAUUCUCUACUGGAAGACCCUGAAACCUCCUGCUAAAAUCAGCUGAGCCCGAUUGCAGGACAGGGCCCUUAGUUUGUGCUGGUGACUGGAUAUUCAGGUAUUAAAGUACACACUUGGGUGAAUGUAUGACAGCUAUACUGUGGGUGAUCUGGAUACGGAAAACUAAUGAUUUGUAAUAGUAAGCUUUUCAUAACAAUUUUCCCAUUUCUUUCAUUUUUUCUCAUAUAAGACAGAACACUUGAAUUGCAUAGUGUGCAUCUUCGCUUUGGUGUUUUGGGGAAUUUUGUUGUAUUUGUUUCUGAACUGUGUUAAACUUUACAGAAUAGAUUCCUGUUGGGACUCACAUUUUUUUCAUAUGGAAGCAAUUGCUUAAGAAAGUUAAUACUAAUUUCAGAAAGAAGAAAAUUAUGCUAUUCUGAAGUAAAGCGCUAACUUUAUUAAUCAGCUGUAAAUGAGUAACCUGUAACCUUUUUCAUAGCAAUUCAACUUUGACUGUUUUGAUUUUUAAAAAAAUAUAUAUCCCAUUUAAUAAGAAUAAAUUAUGAUUGCAUCUCUAAAA